GCUUUGCUUGCGAUUCGAUCUCUAUUCGACCUCCAUGCCAGGCAACAUCUGUAUACAUAGUCAGGUCGUAGACUUGUAACCAACUCGUAGUUUCAUUGACUCUGCGAUCUCUCCGCUCCGAGCACGGCAUUGGCUUGACACGAUGGCUGCCACCCCUUCACCUCCGGUGUUCUUGAAUCGGGUGUACGGCCUCGCUGGUAACUUAGACACCCAGUCGUUUUAUACGGGCGAUGGACAGACGCGGAGGUCUUCUCUUGUGUCGCCUGAUGCUGGUCGACCAUAUGUCACCCUUACCUUUGCCCAAUCUCUGGACGCCAAGAUCGCUGGAACGGGCGGACAACAGCUCGCUUUGAGUGGGAAGGAGAGCAUGCUUAUGACCCAUUGGAUGAGGACACUUCACGACGGCAUCCUCGUAGGUAUUGGCACUGCGAUCAACGACAACCCUCAACUGAACAUCGAUUUUCCCCACCGAUAUCACCUUCCAAGGCCGAUCAUCCUUGACACGCACUUGCGUUUGCCAAUUGACUGCAAGCUCUUCAACAACUACAAGGCAGGGGUAGGGAGACGACCUUGGGUGAUUGCCUCAGCAUCUUCGGUUGACGGCGAUGAAUCCCGGGCGUCGAGAAAGUCUAGCUUGGAGGCCGCUGGAGCGCGGAUCGUUGAAGUCUCAUUUCUGGGAGCGGAGGUUCGACACCGAAACUGCAUCGACACAGUAAUCGUCACGGUUGCCCCAAAUUUGGUUGGCAAGGACGGCAUCGGAUAUGGCUCCAACUUGCCAUCGGACACGCUACCUGCUAUGCGACACGUUGAGACAGUGUUAUUUGGUAUAGACGCUGUGGUCGCACUGAGAAUGCAUUAGUGUUUUAUACACAGCAGACACUGGUGUAUGUCGCAUUCUCUGCGGCCGUCGACUCGGAGGCUAUCACCUACCGCUCAGCGACAGAAAUCA